GCAAUGCUACAGAUGGUCCCGCUACUUAUUGGAGUGUUGUUGUUUUCAUUCGGAGUUGCCCAAAAAGAUGAAAUGGAGUAUUUUUCAAGCAACAGUUGGUGGCUGAUGUUUGAAAAUAAUGUGGAAAAUGAACAAGGAAAUCGCGCAUUUUGUUACGUUGCCGCUAACGGUGCUGAAAAUUGCCAAUCGAGAGACCAGGAUGGCAAUACAAUGAUGGAGGAGACAUGCAACUGCACACUUAACUACAUGGACAAAAUAAUUGAUGGUGUUUUGGCCAAUGACAUGACAGUUACUUGCAAUCCUUCACCUACAGGUGGAAAUUCUUGGGUGUCUACGUUUUGCCCUAAAAAGAUAUCAGUGAUGCACAAGACAAAAAUCAACUAUAACAAAUUUCAGCACCAUAUUGCCUCAAAGGAUCAAAUUAAAAAAGAUCAUUUUUGCGGCUCAAAAUCAAUGGUUGCAAUUCUGGCAAUUUUCCUUGCGCUUUCGGUCAUUCUGAACGUUGUAAUUGUAAGUUGUUACAUAAAGAAAAAGAAAAAUUAAGUCGAGCAAGGUGAAUUGAUUGAAAAUGAAAAUAUUGAAAAUAAAUAUGUGAGUAACGACAUUGACGUGAGUUAUGAGGGUGAAAAAAUAAGGAUGAAAUCAUUUCAAAUCUAUGAAGAACUUGAAGAAUAGACCUUUUUUACUAUUAUUGGAUAUUGGGUUUUAAUUUAAAAAUAUAUCGCGUAGAAGAACUGCAACUUGUUAUUAAUUGUAAAACGUCUUCAAAAACUUUUAAUCUCUUCCAUCAGUCAGUUUAAUCAUUGAUCUUUUUGUAUUUUGACUCUGAACUGACAGUAAAAUAAAGUGAAAAAAUACUGUUGCCAGUUUUCUAACUUUGAAAAUAGUUAUAUUUCAUUUAAGCCCAUUUCCCAUUUUAUCUGUUGUAUUAAAAAAAAAAUUAUCAAGCUGCUACAAAUAAUUCAAAUAAUGUAAUGAGAUAUGUGUAACUUGCGUUGUUCCGUAGUAUAUUAAGAUUGUAACAGGAAUUAUUAAUGCGGGACGCACGAAUUUUGGAUAAUGCUGAUUGUGAGUCUGAA